CUGGCCUGCGCCGACACGACAGGGCCAAUACAAAUGAACAGUGAAGAAAUAAUAGAAGCACUGACUGAGCGGAACAAGGAGCAUGAAUCAUGUUGGUCUACUUCCCUUUGGUUUUUGACAGCUCGCUGACUCCGGGCUGAACCAGCGAUGCACUCAAUUCUCUGUCUUCUAGACUCGAUUAUGUCACCUGAUGCAUGAUUCAGAUGUGCAGAAAAUAGUUGGUGCCAGACUGCCAGUGCUCCCCCUGUAGCUGUCAGCAACCAAUGACAUUAUGUACUACAAUACUCAUAGGAUAGAUCUGCAGGGGUAUUAGUCGACUUGGUUCCGCCAGGCAACUUUUCUCACAAACUCGUCCACGCUCCCAUUUCACAAACUUGCCAGUUCUGUUUCAGAGUCGUAGCUGCUAGUAGCCUACGGUCUUCCCAUUAUUGUUUACGCGGGGAAGUCAGCAGUCGACAUGGCGUCUAGUCAGGAUAUACCCAAGGAAAUGGAAGCAAUCGUUUGCCAUGGAAUAAAGGACUAUCGGUUCGAAGUCGUACCUGUGCCGGAAAUCGGCCCCGGUGAAAUACUGACCAAGGUCUUGGCUGUGGGCAUCUGCGCCGGUGAUGCCAAAUGUUACGCUGGUGCUAUGUUGUUCUGGGGCGAUAAGGAUCGCGAGGCAUACUGUCAACCACCCAUCAUACCUGGCCACGAGUUUAUCUGUGAGGUGGUGAAGCUGGAUGAUGGUGUAGCCCAGAAGACGGGCCUCAAGGUCGGCGAUCACUGCAUCUCUGAGCAGAUCGUACCCUGCUGGGAGUGCCGCUUUUGCAAGCGUGGUGCCUAUCACAUGUGUGUUCCACACAAUAUCUACGGUUUCCGGCAGCCAACUCCAGGAGCUAUGGCAAGCUACAUGAAGUUUCCCGCAGGAUCAAUCACACACAAGGUACCCAAGGAAAUACCUGCUUGGCAAGCUGCGUACAUUGAACCACUUGCCUGCUCACUGCAUGCUGUGGAGCGUGGCGACAUUCAGUUCUCGCAUGUGGUGGUUGUGAGUGGUUGUGGACCACUGGGUCUUGGCAUGGUGGCCGGUGCUAAACAGAAGAACCCAUCUCUACUCAUUGCACUUGAUAUGUUUGACUGGAAGCUGGACAUUGCCAAGGAAUGCGGUGCUGAUGUUGUCCUCAACCCAAGCAAGUGCAAUGUGGUGGAAGAGGUUCAGAAACGCACUGAAGGCUACGGAUGUGAUGUGUACAUCGAGGCUACGGGACACCCCAGCUCUGUUAAACAAGGACUGUUGAUGAUUGCUAAGCUGGGUACCUUCGUAGAGUACAGCGUGUUCGGAAGCGAGACUACGGUUGACUGGACAAUCAUCGGUGACACGAAAGAGCUGAAUAUCCACGGCGGGCACCUCGGUCCUGGAACAUACCCGAAAGCCAUCUCGAUGCUGGAGAAGAAACAGCUUCCCAUGGAUAGAAUCAUAUCCCAUCAACUGCCUCUGACAGAUGUGGUAAAAGGAAUAGACCUUGUGAACAAGAGUUCAGAAUCAAUCAAGAUCGUGCUCUUGCCGACUGGCAAGUAGCAAGUACAAGUCUCGUUCAAAGCCUUCCAAACAUAAUAAUAUUACCAUCAUACGUAUGUAGAUUAUAAAGAAAGCCGUAAGUAUGUAUGUCAUGAGUCCCUAUUUUCUAUCUGAUAUUUGCAUUGUUUAUAUAAUUAUUCUGCGGUCAAAAUAUAGAGCAGUGCUCAAGAAUAUGUACACAGUUAGUUUAUCUCCCUAUCGUGUCUUAUGUGGCUGACUAAUAUACGGCAAUUCAUCUGCUACUUUCACUUGGCUAAUAACGGUGUGAUGUUCUAAUCUGACACCACCGCUGUUACUUUUUACAUGGUACGAACUAAUUCCAUUCAGAGAUCAUGCCGGGUGUACUAAUUCCAUUCAGAGAUCAUGCUCGGUGUACUAUUUCCAUUCAGAGGUCAUGCUCUGUGUAUGAACCCGGUGGUUUGA